AUGAAGGCGGCCAUAAGUCAAGAGACUGUCACGGACAGCGACAGUUCGAGCAACGACAGUACGAGUGAUAGCGAAUCUGAAGCACAGGUGCCAUCUAAGACGCCGGUCCAAAAAUCCACUUCAAACCCCAAAUCGAAGCAAAUGCCGGAACGGGCGCAAAGUUCCUCUGAGUCGAGUAGCGAAUCAAGUUCACCUAGUUCGGGUUCCGAAUCCGAAUCCGAAAUCCAGGAGAUCCAAAAAAGCGCAAUACCCAAGAACUCCUCCGAGAAAAGAGUUACAAUUGCUGAUGGGCACGCGACGGAAGCUAUGAUACCUGUGAAGCCAUUUCGCCCGCCUGAAGGAUUUCAACUAGUUCAGAAAUCGUCUUUGCCGCCAUCCAAGCUUGCGGAUGCCUUCUCCGACCUUACUGGUAAACAAUUAUGGCAUAUCACCGCCCCCGCCGCUGUCCCUGUUUCAUCGAUCAAGCAGCUCGCGCUGGACGCAGUCGCAACCGGAGAAACUAUCCUGACACACAAGGGAGUCGAUUAUCGUCUUCGGGAAGAUCAAAUAGGCGUCGAAAGAACUAAAAGCUUACUUCUUCCUGAGAAAUAUGGCAACAGUUAUCGUCGACAGCGAUUGGAUGUCGCGCAGACAUUUCACGUGGAGCGUGUUGUUAGGCCUCCUGGUCAGGGAUCAGAAUCGCAGAUUGAAGCGUUAAAAAAGAAGACGAAGCCUUUACCCUCACAGCCGAAGAAUUUGCGAAUGCGCUACAUACCAUUCGGCUCGUCUUCAGCUCAACUGGAGGGGGACGUUGGCACAGAUGACUCUGAGAUGGAGGUUACAUUUAAGGAGCCUCGAGGAGGCCAUAUUGACGGAGAGGCUAAGAAGAAGAAAAAGAGAAAACAUACGGAUGUCGACGGCUCUAUACACGUGCAAGAUCCUGAGCCCCAAUCUCAAGCAGCUUUACCGCGCAAGAAGUCUAAAAAGUCACAUAACCAUGAUGACGCCGCGCAUCAUAAACAAGAAUCGGGAUCGCUUGAAGGGAGUAAGCGUGGCAGAUCUCAGAAGUCGGGGACACAAAAAAGCAUCAAGAAGCACAGAGACGAAACCAGCCAGGAACGCAGAGCUCGAAGAGAGGAAAGGAAACGAAAAAAGGAAGAGAAGAGCUGCGCAGAGUAG